ACACAUGCGCUGAGCUGGCAGAGCCACAGUCAGUCAGGGCUGAUCCUCCGCCCGCUGCGCCCGAGGAGAGGAGAGGAGACACGGACAGCCUCGCGUCCGGGUGCUGGAGACCCACCUCACCACACACUGUCUCCGAGGACAACACCGAGGCCCCAGGACUGGAAACGACCUGAGGAAAUCGCGAACUCGACACGGAGACACCAUCCGGACACGAAGCUGAAAAGGAGGACGUCUCCUCUCCAUCGCCUUUUGCGCACGACCACCCAUUAAACCCCCUCUGGACCAGCGCCGCACGCAAGCGAUGCACCUUGAUGCCAAGACAACGAUCACUCCGAUCGGGUUCUGUUUGUUUUUGUAGCGCAUCAUUCUUAUCUAGUCGAUAAUAACAGUGCGGACACUGUGUUCACACACAUGCAUUCAACGGGUUUCUUCUUCAUGAGAAUAUCCUCAUGGCCUGAAACUGACAUGAACUAUUAAAUCCGUCGCAUUCGCUCUGGAUUGACGCCUUUUUAAUUUUUUUUUUAUCUCGCAUGUCUUGAGUUUUCUUCUUUCUCGAACAGUGUCACGCGUGUCCAGACAACAGUCUGAUGCUCUCAGACAGCAGUAGGUUAUCCAGCCACUGGUGACAGUGUCUUACAGGUUCUUUUGCAUAACCUGCCUGGCCUUCCUUAAAAAUUGACUCCCUAUUUUGCAAUCCAAAGGAUUUGGAGCAAACAUCCCAAUUGGAAAGUUUAAGGUGGAGACCAGGGCUGGGCCAUAACACAUCCAGGAGGUUUUACAGAAGCUUGCAGGCUCCGGACCGCAUGCCGUCAUGCUGUCCUUAGACGAGCCACUGGACCUAAAAGUGCCGAGGGGGCGGGUCAGUGGGCGGGACAGAGGCGCCAGGUCUCCGCCCACUCUCACUCCCUCUCCCGUUCACGGCAAGGGGGCGGGGCAGCUGCGGAUGGCAGACGACGGGACCGCAGUCAUCAUUCCAGCGUCUCCUGCCUCUCCACACACAGGUGUCCUGCAGGAGAAGAGGGAGACCCCCACACCCCCCGCCGUGGAUCUCAGCAUGUCCCCGUCCUCCCGAAACACAGCCUGCUCUCCGGAUCUCUCCAAUGGAAAUGGCUCAGCUCCCAUUUUCCCCGGAGACUCAGCUCAUAUCCGUUACUUGGAGGGAGGAGCCACAUCUCAAGCAUUCCAGUUCUUCGUGCCCAUUGGAGGAGGUGCAGGGCUUCACCUGCCUUCAUCAAUGUUCAUUCGGCAGCCCAAGGACACAAGAGCUUCUCCAGACCUCUCUGCAGAUGAACAGCUGGCCUGUCGCUGGAGGAAGUGCCACCUACUUUUUGACUCCUUGCAAGACCUGGUGGAUCACGUCAAUGACUUCCAUGUCAAGCCUGAGAAGGAUUCUGGGUACUGUUGCCACUGGGAGGGAUGUGCACGCAAAGGACGGGGAUUCAAUGCCAGGUACAAGAUGCUGAUCCACAUCCGUACUCACACUAAUGAGAAACCACACCGCUGUCCUACCUGCAACAAGAGCUUCUCCCGACUGGAGAACCUCAAGAUUCACAACCGCUCACACACAGGAGAGAAGCCCUACAUCUGUCCAUACGAGGGCUGCAACAAGCGCUACUCUAAUUCCAGUGACCGGUUCAAACACACGCGCACACACUAUGUGGACAAGCCCUACUACUGCAAGAUGGUGGGCUGCUUGAAACGCUACACAGACCCCAGCUCCCUAAGGAAGCAUAUCAAGGCUCAUGGGCACUUUGUAUCCCAGGAGCAGGGAGCUCCAGGAGGGGUGGGCUCCCUGAUGAAGCCGGGGCAGAACGCAGGGGGAGGGAAAGAAUCUGAGCUGACUUACGUCAGUGGGGCCCACAUCAUCAUUCCUAGUGCUGCCGCUGCUCUCUUGGGCAGUCAUGGUCUGCAGGGUCUUGGAGGGUCCCUCCCUUUGUCCCCCCUCAGUCCCCGCCCCUUGGACUUGAGCACACUGGGCUGCCCAAGCUCCCCUCCAGCUGGGCUUGGGGGGACAUCCAUCCUGUCCUUCAGCGGUUCCCCGCUUGGUCUGACCAAGUCACACUUUCUGUCUCCUACCUUCUCAUCUUCCACGUUGGGGUUGCCCAUGGUGCCCAUGUUGGGCUCGGAGCGCAGGGACCAUGGCAAAGGCAAGGCCAGAGGCGAGGAGGGUGAGGACGAGAUCCAUGGCGGUGUGCUCAACCUGUCUACUGGGGCGUCCCACGACCCCCUGUCUUGGGUUGUCAUCCCUUCUGGCCCAGUGGUGCUGAAGCCGGCUGUGGUCAACUGAACACAACAUUCCAGAGGAAUUGCAGGGGAAGGGUGGGGGUGGAACAGGGGUCAGAGGUCGGAGGCAAGCCUGUGGGGGGUUCUUACAAAGCAAAUCCAGUUAUGCUUGGAGGUGACACAAUCUUCUUCAACUUUUAGCGCUACUUCAGUUCAAAUUUGUACCUUAUGGUCGGACACAGCUACCUGUAUCUUAUGAUAAUAGGGAUGAUAUCUUGAAGAAAAUUUAGCGUAACGAUUCAGAAAGUUGCCAAACAUUCACCUCCGUUCCAUUCUUUUUCUCUCCCUGGCUUAUCUUUGUAACAGGGUUGUCCAAUUCUGUGCCUGGAGGGCCACCUUCCUGGAGACCAGGGGUUGCCCACCCCUGGUCUAAACUCUGCAGGAGGGUGGCCCCCAAGAAGCAGGAUUGGACCCCAAGUCUUGUCCGUUUUUUGUUUUUGUUUUGUUUUAUGACAGCACUGAUCUAAAGGCAGACUUAAGAAUCUGUGCCCUUGCUUCAAGAAACAAUUGUAUUUAUGUUUAAGAGAAACUUUUGGACGACAGUGUACGCAACACACUAAAGACACAAACGUGUGCUAUUAUUCUUCAGGAACUGACCUUCAAGUCAGUCCAUGCUUUAUGAAAAGACCUCUGAGCACAGAAAGCCAGAGGUCUUUGAGGCUGAAUCGCAUGGGCCAGGUCAGGCUUGCAAAGAGGUGCUGAGGUCGUAGGUCAGGCGAGAGCAGCUCAUUUACUGGCCCAGUAGUGUCCAAUUCUGUCCCUGGAAUGCCACUUUCCUGCAGAGUUUCUACACACUUGGCUGUAUGUUUGUAGUGAUCCUGAAGACCUUGAGUAGCUGGUGCAGGUGUGUUUACAUAGGGCUAGAGCUAAACUCUCCCAGACAGUGGCCCUUUAGGAGCAGGAAUGGACACCCCUGCUUCAAACUGUCCAGAGACCCUCUGCAUCCCUUGCAAGUGAACUUCUUUAGCUCAAUGCUAUUACAAGCUAUAUGACAAACCUUGCAUUUGCUGCUAGCUGUAUCACUGCAAUAUUAGCAUACAUCUUUGAAUAAAAAAAGAUAUAGUAUGAACGACAAUCUGUCCUUUGAGGAGGAAAUAGAAACCUUGAUUAGCUCUAUUUUGUUGAAUAAGAGAUUUACAGACACAAGGCUCAGACUGACUGAGUUUUAAGUCAUACAAGGGCACAAACUUUCCAAGCGCUAAUGCUAAUGCCCUAUAGGACAUGGCACUGAUGUAAAUAGUGCCAUCUUUUGGUCAUUACUUGUACUGCACACUACUAGUUGAACCAAGGGCCAGAUUUAACAGAAUUUAUGGUUGAUGCAGAAUAGUGUAAUGUUUAAAAUAAACAUUAUCCACAACCCAGUGAACAUGUUCACAUGUGCAAUAUACAAAUUUAGGUAUAUUGCAACAAUUAAGGGCUUAGUUUGGUUUCUCAAUUUACUUUCAUAGUUUGCUCCAUAUUAAAUCACUGUGCUAAAAAUCUAAUUGUAUACCCAGAGAUUGAAAUAGAGACUUAAUAAUAAAGUGUAGAAAGCACUAUUCAGGUGGCCAAAAGACAGCAUUUUGAUUUAAGACCCUUUCACAUGACACACAUCAUUGUUCUCCAAGACAUCAAACUCUAGAGUGAGGCAUCAAGUUUCAGCAUCUCUCCAGACGUGGAUCACAAAUGGAGCUGUAGGCGACCCGCCAAAUACUAAAAAUUUCACACUGGACCCCAUUUGCCUCUGAUUUUCCCUAGCUGCAUAAUGUAUCAUUGUGAUACAUCGUACAAAUUUAAAAUCAAAACUCAAAAGACUGAUUCUGUGCUAGAUUUUAGGAACAUUAAGUUGUACAACACAAUAUUCAUAUUGUACAUUUUAUGGUGCUAUCUGCAAAGUCCUGAAGUGGGUCAUGUGAGUGAGACUUUACACCGUCUUUGUCGUACUCCACUGAUGAUCAAUGUGUCGCGAUCAAGAACUCAUUUGCAGCUGCUUUCUGUAAUGUCCAUUACUCGUAGAUUGGGAUAAAACAAAAUAGAGAAACAAACGAAUGUAAUUUUAAAAACAUUCCGACUGAAAUAAUCGCACUUCUUUAAAACAUGAACCCUGCCCUGCCCUGCCCUCCAAACCAUUUUUACACUCAGAGUCUUAUUCCAUAAUUAUUUUUGUCUUAUUGUUUGUGGUAAACUAUACGGUUAUUGCCAUUUUGUUUUGCUGACUUUUUGUUUGUUCGUUUGUUUUGGACGUGACAUUUCCUGAUGUUGAAGUUGCUUUGUUUCUGCUAUUGCUACUCUGUGUUUAGCUUUCUCCAGCAAGUGAAUCAUGAGGAAAGAGGGAGAAGUAACAGGAGGUGGUGACGGACAAGUUUGCAGGAAGGGUUUUCGUAAAAAUUUAGCUCAUAAUCAUACCACAAUGCUUGAAGUUUACAUACUGUACAAUGCAUAUGUAACAUAUAAUGUCCAAUUAAUGAUUAAAAGAUAAAUGCACAGAAUUUUUUAGGCAGUAAAUAGCUGGUGCUUCCUCCAAUCACUUUAGCAUCAUUGCUAGAAAAAAAGUCGCCACUGUCCAGAUCUCGAUCGUGUGCCAGAUUUCAAAAGUAGGCCACUGACCCUUACAAAGCCCCAGAUUAUAUUUAUUUAUCCAAUCAAAGCCAAGAAAAGUUUAACCCUGUGCUUCUAUAAAGCCUUUUAGAAGAGAUAAGUGAUAACAUGCAAAUACAUGCAGUAAUCAAACACAAUCCUCUCGGGUUUGGAAAGAUUUGACAUCAGCGUGUAUUAAGGAGUCUUUACUGGAAAUUACAUUUAUUAACCCUGGCAUCCAUCCAAGAAGUUGGAAAUCUCUUCUCCUACUCCCUUUCCUCAUCUUGUUGGCUGGAGAAAGCUGAUACUGACACAGACCUGUCAAGGUCUACAUCAAUGUUCAAUAUCAGAUAAGCUGUUUAAAUCUUUAACCCUUUGAGCACUCUGAAAACGGCCGCACUGUUUCACACAGGAGACUCCAAAGCCCUUAACAAAAUGAUAGUGUGUUUCCAAUGACUUUUAACUUACCACAACUGUAGGUGAGAUACUUACACAAUAAAUUGAAUGACAGGGAAGAUGUCAUAGCUAGAUAUUUAAAUUAGAUAUUCACUCCAUUAAAACUCCAAUGAUGUCAGAAACUAUAUACGGUACAUAAAUAAAGCACCAUUUUAGACUAUAAAAAAAUGCUCACACUAAAAGCAAAGAUAUUUGUAUGUUUCUAAAAUGAACUAAUAUGACAUGUUCUUAAAGGUGCCACAGAGAUGCACAAAGGGUUAACAAAAAGACUAUGGCCUGGAAAGGCCAGCAUCCAUUUUUAUUUUUCCUUUUUGCACAUUUUUGAGAUAUUUUAAUAUCAGUAUUUUUUUUCCAAGUGCCUUUUAUUAUAGAUGAAAUGUAGAUGUAAUACAGUAUAUGAAAAUAAAUAAAUAUAUAUAGAAAUAAAUCUAUAUUUUUUCCCAGCAUCGUGUUCUGAAUUUUAGAGCUGUAAAAGUCUCCCAAGUUGGUACAACAUAGGUGUGUGCUCCUGUUUUAGAGGAUUUUUAUUACGAUAUUGAUAAGGAUGUCAAUGGAAAUAAAAGAAACAAAUGUUUAAUAAAUUUGCAUUUGAUAUA